GCCACCCUGCCCGAGGACGCGCCCAUCAACACCGUCGUCGUCAAGAUGUCUGCCACCGACCCUGACCUUGGCAUCAACCGACGUCUGCGGUACAACUUUGUGGACUCAGCAGAGGGCCACUUCACCAUUGACGAGGUGGAGGGCGUGGUCAGCCUGGCCCGGCCCCUGGACCGUGAGACGAGGGACUCCUACAGCCUGACGGUGCGCGCCGUGGACCAGGGAACCCCACCGCUGUCGUCCACCACGCAGCUCAUGGUCACGGUCUCAGAUGUGAAUGACAAUGCGCCGGAGUUUGUGAGGAAGCUCCACGAAACUUCUGUGGCGGAGAACACGGCCGUAGGGACAGAGAUCUUGCGGGUCAUGGCCACCUCAAGGGACAUCGGCGUCAACGCAGAGAUCUCUUACUCCCUGCAGCACACCACCCUGGAGGAGUACCUGCACAUACACCCUAAGACUGGUGUGAUAAGCAUAGGCGCUGAGGUGGACUUUGAGCAUGUGCAGCAGGUGGUAGUGACGGUAGUGGCCACAGACGGAGGGGUGCUGCCACUGUCCUCCACGGCCCUGGUCAACCUAACGAUCACCGAUGUGAACGACAACUCCCCGGUCUUCACGCUGCCGUCCUACACCGCCACGGUCAGGGAGGACGCACUGCAGGGGGCCAGUGUGGUGCAGGUCUCGGCCAGUGACAUCGACUACGGCGUAAACAGCUUAGUCCGCUACAGCAUCAGGGCGGGAAAUGAUGACCAUUGCUUCACCAUUGACGACCACACUGGAAUUAUCACCGUCAUCAAGAAACUGGAUAGGGAGAAGGUCGCACAGUACCAGUUGACGGUGGGUGGCAGGGACUUGGGCAGCCCCAGCAACACUGCCAUCACUCAGGUCACAAUCCAGGUGGGCGACGUCAAUGACAACGCCCCCAAGUUCACACAAGACAACUAUACCGUGAUCGUUCAGGAGAACCGACCUGUGGGCUACUCAGUGAUCCGCCUCAUGGCCACCGAUGCCGACGCUGACCCCAGUGGCGCCCCCUUCACAUGGGAGGUGAUCAACCAGCCUGUGGAGAGCCGUGCCUUCACCCUGGACCAGGAUGGAUCACUGAGGCUGGCCACCAAUAAACUCAACCAUAAGGUCCAGGAUCAGUACGUGGUGCAGGUGCGAGUGUGGGACAGCGGCUCACCACCUCUCCACGCCAACACCCAAGUUAUCAUCAGCGUGGUGGAGGAGUCUCGCUUCCCGCCAACACUCUUCCCGCUUAAAACCGUGGUCAUCAGUUUCCGGAGUGCCUUUCCCGGGGGCAUCAUCGGGCGGGUCACUGCACUGGACCAGGACCCCUAUGACACCCUGCAGUACUCCGUGGCGCCCUAUCCAGAGGAAGUCAGCUCCAUCAAGUACUUCGACAUUGACAGUGAGGACGGCACUCUGGUGGCACUGACGCCGCUUGAUGCCGGGAACUACAGCGUCAACGUCAGUGUGUCGGACGGGAGGUACCAUCGCACCGUGCAGGCUUCCAUCGAGGUCUCUGUGGUCACUGAGGAAAUGGUUGAAAAUGCCGUCAUCAUCCGCCUGGGUCCUCUGUCCUCCGAUGAAUUUCUCUCCAGGUAUCAGAAAUAUUUCCUCAAAGCUAUUGCCAUGGAGCUGUCGGUGCAGGAGCAUUCUGUGGUCCUGGUCAGCCUGCAGCCAGCCCUCGUACACUCACACUCUUUAGAAAAAAUAGAUUACAUUCCACAGCGUUCCAAGAGAGACAUACAGAGGAGUCUUGACGUUCUGAUAGUUGUCAGACUCUUUGAAAUCUACAUGACAAGAGAACAUCUGUUGCUGAAGCUAAAAGAAAAGCAAGUUGACAUAAAAGAGAAGCUUGGCUUGCCCUUUGUGGACAUCAUGGAGUCCCUGUGUGUGUCUGGCUCAGAGUGUGGCGGCCACGGGGACUGUGUGGACGUGGUGGCCAUCAGUGAGGACGUGGCCGUGCCCUUCAACACACAGCUGUCCAGUCUGGUUGCUCCAAGGUUCACUCAGGAAGUUGGCUGUGUGUGUGACCAAGGGUAUGGAGGCCAGAACUGCACCACUUUGGUCAAUGCCUGUGGGCACCGACCCUGUGCCGAGUAUGAGGAGUGUGCGCCCACCAACACCAGCAGCCGAGGCUACACGUGCCAGUGCCCUGCCGGCAGAGCAGGACCUUCGUGCCAAGUGGACCUGACAAAGUGCCGCAGCCCUGCAUGCCACUACCCACUGAGGCCUCUCUCCUUCAAGGGAAAGAGCUAUGCCCAGUACAGCAUAGCUCAGCAAAGUGAGAGCAGCUCGCUGAUGCUGAGUGCCUUCAUGCGCACCAGACACCCGGUGGGAACGCUGGUCUUUGCUGCCGGGGACGUGGACUACAGUGUGCUGGAGGUGGCCGGUGGACACGUGCAGUACCGCUGGGACUGUGGCAGCGGGGAGGGGCUGGUCAGGGUGUCCACGGUGAGGGUCGACAAUGAUGCGUGGCACUUCAUCAACCUGACCAGAGAUGGCACCAUAUCAACACUGAGUGUGGAUGGCGAGGUGAGUUCAGGAGCGGCGCCGGGUGCUAAUGACAUUCUGAACAUGGAUUCAAACUUCAUGUAUCUCGGUGCUACCCUCAACAGUGAACCAGAGUCAGGCAUGUCUUCUUAUUCCCAAAGCAGCCUGGGGUUUGUGGGUUGCCUCGAUCAGAUCAUUAUUGAUGGCACCGAGCUUCCCGUGGCAAUAACAGGGACGGCCUCCGGGGGCACAGUGCUCACGCGCCUGGCCAACGUGGAGCUCCAGUGUCCAGGUGUGCUGCCCCUGGCCGGCGUGUGUGGCUCCUACCCUUGCCAGAAUGCUGGGACAUGCAUAGAAAAUGAAGGCUCUUAUAAGUGUAAUUGCCUCCACGCUUUGCGAGCACAGUGCCAGGUGGACACGGCUCCCUGCUCCUCCUCACCCUGUCUGAAUGGAGGCAAAUGUGUUGUUGUUGGCCACACCUAUAAGUGUCAAUGUCCUUCAAAACUGAGUGGAAAGCGUUGUGAAUAUGGUGUUUUCUGCAACCCAAACCCGUGCCAGAACGGCGGUCGCUGUGAGGAGGGUGCCGAUGGGCCUAUAUGCAAGUGCCAACACUUUACCGGUGCAAUGUGCCAGCUGGACAUUGACAGUGCCCGCAACCCUUGCCAGGCGGGAACCUGCCUCAACUUCUUUGGUGGGUUCAAGUGCAUAUGUUCCUCCAAUGUUACCGGUGAAUACUGCACAGAGGCCGUUAGAAAGCCUGAAGAGCCGUCCUCCUCCCUGAACAUCACCCUGGAGGAGCUGCUGUGCAUCCUGGCCGUGUUCCUGGGGUGCGUGAUGGCUGUGCUGCUACUGGGGGCCUGGCAACGGCGGCGGUGGAGGCACAAGCGUCACCAGCAGAACAACCGCGUCAAGCUCACGGACCACCACGUGAAGAAUGACCUCAAGGCGAAUGACACUCCAAAAAGAAACUCCAAAAUCUGCAACGUGGAGGCGGACCAGCAGGGGCCGCCGCUGCCCCCCCGCCCGGCCUCCUACACCCCCAGCGGCAACGACUCCGCCAUUCUCAACACCCUCAAGCACCUGGCGGACCUCUCUGCCGCGGGCCACGAGAGCCUUGAGUUGGAGACACUCUCGCGAUGCUCCCAUGAAUUCCUCCACAGCCUUAACAAGCCCGUGGUCAUGCCGCCCAACCUCUCCCCUCCUCCGCCCUCCAACAGUGACUCCGACUCUCUCCACAAGCCCUGGGACCACCACAACAACCUCAACGACUCGUACUUCAUGCCAAUCAAGGACGUGGGCUGUGACCUGGUGACCAACCUCGGCGAAACCCACACCUCCUCGGCCCGCCAGUCCCCCUUCUCGGACGAUUCUUCAGCACCGGGCCGGCAGAAGAAGAAAGGCUACCACUGGGAUGACUAUGACAUGCAUGGCCCCCCACAUGCUGGUGGGCGAGGGGGCCACGGCCGCCCCGCCAGACCUGCUGAUGCUGAGCCAGGGCACCUCCCUCAUCCACGGAGACGACCCCAUGGAGGGAACACCACUGCUGCCAUGCUCUGCUGCCACACCCCUGCUGAGUGUGGACGCCCGGGGUGGUCCAGACGGCCGGGAUGCGCCAGACGGUGACGAGGACAAUGAUGAUGAUGAUCCCUGCAGCUUUGAGGAAAUACUUCUGGCAAAUAAUAUAUCUGUUGACUCUUGCCAAGACCUGACUCUUGACCAUUCGUCUAAAUACAACAUUGUCUCGGACCUUGAAGACGACUGCCCAG